AAAUAUUAAAAAAAUUAGAGAUGAGUAUAAAUACUCCGCUAAAUCUUGUUGCAUCAAACAUUGGUCUUCCGUCAGUGAAUCUAAACUUACCUUCGUCGCUUACUUCCAGAAAAAGAAAGUAUUCAAAAAUGUCUUUCAAAGUUGCCAUCGUAGUUUUCGCAAUAGCUUUGAUUGCUAACGCAUCGACUGUACCAGAAACAGAGACAACCAGCCAGCAAGUGGAGGUCCAGAAUGACCAACGAGCUCCGUGUGGUGGUGGAUGCGUCACCAGUAGCCAAUGUGCUGCUUAUGCUGGUACGACAAAUUGUAGAUGUGCUUGGUUUGGAUGUAACCUUUACACGGCUGAAGCCGAUCUGACCGACGUUGAACAGUUCGAUAUUUUCAUCAAGGAAUACAGCGGUACCGCAGUGCUUACUUCUGCUGAAAAGGCCUACCGUAAAAACCGAACCGCAUAAUUUGGAGAUCAAGUGCUAAUGUAAUCUAUU